AUGCGUACACUGUCUCAGAUCAUCGACGCGCAACGAGAAUCUCUCGACGCGAUUGACUCUCCCCGCCUCCCUCACUCACCUCUAACCCUGAAUACUUCUGCGCCCGCGUCGCCCGCUAUCUCUCUUUUUUCAGUAGCGGGCCACAAUCGCGUCUCGAGUUCGGUCUCUUCGCUGGUCCCGUCAACCGGUUUGGGAAAUUCAAUGGAUAGCCCGAGUCGGACCCAUUUGGCAGACGUGAAAGAGGAAUUCUGUGCGCGAGACUCUUUGGAGGAUCAAUACUUCCAGCACUUUGAGUGUGACAUACCUACCACCGACGAGUCGUAUUCCCACGUGAACCCUUCGGACGGCUAUGAUAUCAGCGAUGCUGCGAUGGACAUUCCUCACUCGCCCAAGAAGCGCCGCUCCGAUAACUUGUCAGUGAAGGGCGUGUCGCGCAUCGGUUCUCAUAUGUCGACUGUCUCGUCUCGUUGGAAGUCUAAGCGUGCGUCAGGAAGUCCCGAGCGAGACAUCUUCCCCGAUGAUUUGCGAUCUCGCGCCAACUCUGCGGCUUCUUCCGCGCUGGCAAGUCCCAUAAUCACACCGAUCAGCCGCAUCGACUCUCAUAUUCCUCCGUCUCCCGCCCAGACAAUUUUUGAGGAACGCAUCAGUAGUUCAGGCUCCAGGCCAAUUGACAUCGCUCGUGCGAAUAGCCUGAGCCAGGAUGAUGACGAUACCCAACAAGCUACCACCCCGCUUCUUCCCCCAUUGCUGGGUGACGACCCCACGAGCAUGGCCGCCUCCCGCGUGCAAUCUCCAUUGCAAUCGCCUUCCGUCGCAGACGUGAGCGAACCCGCGCACUACAUGAUGACCUCGGAUCCACGAUUCAUGGCUGUGACCGGCAUCCCCUCGCCACCUCUCUCCUCGAAGCCUUCUAUGGCGUCGAUCUCCCGGCCACGCGCAAGCACGGUGCGGACAAUCUCCGGCGAGCCAACACCCUUCGUUCUCUCCGACCCCAACGAUGAGUGGGCCAACAGGCUCGGCCAUGCCAAUUUCAAUAUCCACCCCGAGCCGUACGUGCCAGCCACGUGUGAUUUGGAAAGCUUCCACCAGCUGCGCGCAGAUUGGGACAUUGCCCGGUGCAACUUUGCCAAGCAUCUUGUCCGCACUGGCGAGCACUAUGGCGUGACCUCGAAUAUCUACAAAAUGACCGGCGAGAAGUGGGAGUCGAUCGACCGUCAGUGGCGCGCCCAGCAUGAGGCCAUUCUCAGCGGUCUCGGCUCGGUUGAUGGCGUCGCGCUCACAUUGACCCAUACCGAGCUCCGUCCUUGCGAGCAGGUCUGCGUCCCUCGAUUGCAUGACAAUGCCAAGUUUCCCGAGAUGGGGGACGAGGACAUCGUGGGGCCUAUGACCGUGUCGCCGGUAGCUGAGAUUGCGGGUCCAUGCCGCACGAAAUCGCUCAAGAAGCGCACCUUCUUCCGCUUCUUCCAUGACCUAGUUGGCCGGCCUUGA